GGGUUCACGAAACAGGAAAACGAGUAAAGGGAUAGAAAUAAUUUUUAGUAUAUUUUUGUGGGCAAUUCAAAGAAAUUAAUGGCCAUGAGUUCCUUUUUGAUCAACUCCAACUAUGUGGAUCCGAAGUUUCCACCCUGCGAGGAAUAUUCACAGAAUGAUUACCUACCCAGCCACUCUCCGGACUACUACAGCACCCAUAGGCGAGAGAAUGCUUUUCAGCAUGAGCCGAUGUACCACCAGCGGUCGGGUUGCAGCAACUCGCCUUAUUCCUCGUGCCAGGGUCCCGAGGAGCCUGUGGUGAUGUCUCCACGGGGUCACGUCCUCCUCUCUGCCGGACUCCCAACCCCUCUUCCCGAGCCAAACCACCAUUGCGGCUCCGUACCCCCGAGCCCUCCGCCCGUGUGUAUCCAAAACUCCAUCAACAAAACUACAUCUUCGUCCAGUUCAUGCAAAGAGCCUGUAGUUUACCCUUGGAUGAAAAAAGUGCACGUAAACAUUGUGAACCCAAAUUACACAGGGGGGGAACCAAAGCGGUCUCGGACAGCCUACACGAGACAGCAGGUCCUGGAGCUUGAGAAGGAGUUCCACUACAACCGCUAUCUGACUCGUAGGCGUAGAGUGGAGAUCGCGCACACUCUCUCUCUUUCUGAGCGCCAAAUCAAAAUAUGGUUUCAGAACCGACGGAUGAAGUGGAAAAAAGACCACAAGCUGCCAAACACCAAAAUCAGGUCCACCACCUCCUCUGGUACAAAUUCAAGCAGCAGCCAGGUGCUUGGGAACUCUCAGACCCGAACCAUUGGGCCGCCACCACCAAGCCUAUAGCCCCUCCGGCCCUCCAAAUGCACUCGUUAGACUUCAAUUUCUGGAAGGGCGCAUACAUCUAAUGUCUCUUUGUUCAGUGAAGGGAAUUUUUUUUAUUAUUAUUUAUAAAUAAAAGGGGUAAAGACUCAAGUCCAAACAUGCACGGAUAUAUGUUUUCUGUGUCAUCAUACUUAUUUGUCCCUCUUUCUUCCCUGCUCCUCCUCCAUUAAACAGAAGGCAGCAGACAGUAGUUUUCAGAUUUGGUGAAGAUGGAUCCGUAUUUCAUCUUUAAUCAUGCCAAACUCGGCCCCAUUUGUCAUGUUUACUCUCUGGUACAAAGGAUGAACCGUAGGCCUGCCAUUACCUCGACGUCCAACAUUGCCUUUAAUAAAUGAGCCCCCAUUUCGUCAAGAAGGGGUGUUUUUCACUUCUAACCCUCCACUGUUUAAACAUCCCAAAAAUAAACUAUUGCCUCCACAGAUUAAGUUUUGAACAGGUCUUGGAUAUUUUUGACGCUUAGCAUUCGAAACAAAACGAAGCAGAACACUGCAAUUGCCAUUUGUAGAUCGCAUUUUGACUUUUGGACGUUGGUUUAUUUAAACAAUGUGUGUAUGAGUGUGCGUAUUAAGACUGGGAUCGGGUGCAUGUGCACAUUAUUGACGCCAAAGUCAGAUAGAAUAACAUUAUUUAGAAAGUUUGAUAACCAAAUUUCGUGAAGAACAAUGCAGUUUAUAAACAGCACUAAAUAAUACACUCAAUUACCUCAGUUGUCUUGAUUUAUGGAUGGGUUUGUUGUAUGACUUUCAGUUCUUAUGCAUUUUCAGUACAAGUUUGUCCAGAUUUUAAAGAGAAAUGUGCGUAUCUGCAUAAAUUAAGCAUAUGUGCUCUAUUUUCACCCUGCCCCUCCAUUAUUUCCCCAGCACAUAAGCACACGUUCUCUCUCUUCUUUCUCAGUUUUGGCAAUUUGGUUGUCUCAUUAUUUUUUUUUAUCCCUCGUUACAUUCCAGCCCUGCGCUAUAUGAUAAGUGUAUUUUUUGUAGGUCGUUGUUUUCAUCGUGUUCUCUGUGUAUCUGCACAUUAAUAUUGUAAAUAGUUCUAGAAAUGAAUAAAAAGAAUGAAAGAAGGAAAUCA